AACACCGACAAACUCAACAUGGUGAGACUGUCUUUAUUUGUUGUCGCGUGGGGAUGGAAGCCAUUAGCAUCAAGACCUCCUGUCUAGUCCCUCUGGUCAUUCUUCCCAUUCUCUCUCUGGCCAGAGUGACCACAUUUGACCAGUGUAACCAGUUCUUUCUGAAUGGAUUGAGCCCCACUGUCCUGACGGAUCCCAGCAACAGCGAUCGCUACCAGCAGAUAUGCCAGUGCCUCCUCGACCAGAACGGGAGUCCACAGUACUUCUACGCCACCCUGUAUGACACUCAGAACAAGAUACCCAUCUAUUCAGCGUAUAAUCUCAGCCACAUCAAUUUGAACAGGGAGGAUCGCUGGUAUGUUGAGCCACAGAUUGACGGUGGCCAGUUUGAGUGCAUGGGAGGGCAAAACCAGAUCCCCAUAGCCAACCGUGGGCAGAAGCAGGCUCUGAACAGAGACUAUGAUGGCUCUGGCUAUGACAAAGGCCACCUGUUCCCGGUGUUCCACACGUCCACCAAAGACGCCAUGCUGGCAACCUCCACCCUGACCAACGCCGCCCCACAGGACCCCACCUUUAACAGGGGCAGGUGGAGGGUCCACGAGGAAGAGCUGGUGGAGCUGGCUAAGGACUGCCUUCGAGCCUUCACAGUCACUGGAGUCGUGCCUGGGAACAGCCACAUCGGGGAUGGAGUGAGGGUGGCCAAGCACUACUGGAGCGCCCUCUGCUGUCUGAAAAAGGAAGGGCAUCUCUCUCGAGCGUUCAUAGGACCCGAUAAUAACGGGCAGGUUCAGGGAUUAAGUGUGAAGGACUUGGAAACACGGCUGAGUGGAUCAGACCAUUUCAACACUGUAUUUACUGUGUUCAGGGGUGGAUGUUGA